AUGAGUGAUUCGGACAGCGACGACGACGACGAGUAUUCGGCUAACUGGGACAGCGAGGAGGACGAUGACUGCGACAGCGAGGACGAAGAUGAUUACGAUUUUUUUCUCCUGACAGAGGCGCAAGAGGCGGCCGACGAGGAGGCGCGCGAGCAACGCGAGGAGAAGCUCGUGCGGGCGUGCGAGGCCGGGGACGCAGCUGCGGCGGCGCGGUUCCUCGAUUUCCCGCGCGACGAAAUCAUCGCGAGGACUAUGUUUCCGAUCUGCGUCGCCAGCAGUUUGGGCCACGUCGAGGUUGUCCGCGUGCUGCUGGACCGCGGCGCCAGCCCAUACCAAAGCAACCAAUAUUGUGAUCCGCUCCACGCGGCCUGCCGGGAAGGACGGCCCGAGGUAGUCCGGUUGUUGCUGGACCGGGGCGCGAGCGCUUCCGGCGUCGAGCACGACCCGCAGACCGGUCCGGAUGCGGUGAUUCCGUGUCCUGACGGUGUUGACCGAGUAGAUUUCAUGCCCCUGUGGUCCGCGUGCGAAGGCUUCGCGAACGGGAGGCUCACGCUGACGGACGAGGAGGCGGACGAGGAGCAGACACGCGGGGCUCCCGUCGUGAGCCCCGAGUGCGUGCGAAUGAUACUGGCGCGGGGCGUUCGCAUCAACGCGAGGACGUGCUCUGACGGCAUAACCCUCCUCCACGCCGCGGUCCAAGAUGAACACCCCGGCAUGGCGCGCGUGCUCCUCAUGCACGGCGCGGACAUUGAUAUCAGGGACAACUUCGGGAAGACGCCACUGGAUUACCUACACGCCAUCGCUCGAAGCUGCCACGGGAAACCUACUACCAACGAAGAGCGUUGCUUGAUCGAGCUCUUCGACCGCUACCUCCCCGCCUACUGGGCGCGCACCGUCGCCCUCACCUUGGACCGCCUCCCCGGCAACGCCGUCGCCGGCGACGAGAACCUCACGCGCCAGAUCGGUGCCUUCGUCGUCGGCGACGUAGUGCUCCGGCCCAGGCGAACCGCAAAAUAA